UGACGCGUUCCUGUGUUGCUGCGGGCAUGUGCGCAUGAAUUUUCGCAGGUGGUGAUUUUUCGGAGUUGCAACGAGAGGAGGCAGAGGUGUGCACCGGUCAACGCGUCGGCACUUGAAGAGCAACGACGCGAGUCCGAGGGCGUAGCCCAAAAUCAAGGUAGAAAAAGGGCUCGGUACGCAUGACGCAUAUUUUGCGCCGAGUUUCUCGUGAGACGAUUACGAGAGCGCGCACGUAAGAAGAGCCGAAAGAGGAAGAGAGAAGGAGACGAAGGAAGGAGCGAGUUGGGGGAGAGAUCGGUUUGACAAGCGGGCCACCGAGUGCUGCGACACAGCGUAUACGAUGUCGAGUCGCUGCGAGUCGGAUUCGGCGACGGCGUCUUGAUUUUCGGAGCUCAACUGGAGUGUGUGCGACGAGUUAGACGACACUUUGGCCUAUCGGUAAUCGACGAGAAUCGCUGCCAAUGUGCAAUUCGGCGGAUACUUCUUACGUACAGAAAUUAGGUUACUUGCAUCUCGGGGAUGACACCGCGGAGGCCGGUGGUGCAACGAGCGCGGCCAGGGUCUCGGGUUCCAGGCCUGAGGCUCAGGUACCCAUCUCCAGGAACGUUAUUAACAGAAACGAUGCCAGAGCGUCCGGCAGACCGGUCGGUGCUAUCGAGAGCUUCAUUGAAGGUAAUUCUUCGGAUAUUACUAGACAGGCAGCUGCCACCGAGUAUAAAUUGUACGAGCGUGAAAAUAUAAUAGCUGCUUCACGAUUUGCCACUCCGAAGCCAGUGGAGCAAAUUAGUAGCCAGCAGCAGCAGCAGAAUCAGACUCGUGGAAGCCAUCAGCAAGCACCUGUUUAUGAAAACAUAGACUACUAUCCGCAGCAGAGUCAGCCACAUCCACCCUACUAUCAUCCAAUUGAAUCUAGGAAAAGUCCGAAGAGUAGUCCUAGAACUUCAUUAGUCGGUGACUCCUACGAAGGAAGUUACAGGAAAGCUCAGCCGCAAGUGCCAACUGGUAAUCGAUACCAGAGUACAUCCCCAGCGAAAGAACUACCGCCAUACGAGGCUCCACCCGUAUACGAGAACAUACAGGAAGUACACUUCUCUGAGAAUAAGCCAGGACCUCAGGUUCCGACGAAUUAUUACCAUCCAGCGAACAUCAAUGGCGGUGACUAUGUUGUUAUGACCGGAAAAGUAGGCCAAUCUCAAAGUCAACGUGGUAUACCUCAAAAUUUAUCAUAUACGCAACAGAGAAGCGGAAGCAUGCGCGGUCAGAGUUACGAUAGUUCAAAUUUACAGCGAUCAAUCGACUCAUCUACAUCUAGAUACUUACAGGGUACGUCCUCCGUCUCCUCCUCGGAUCACCAGGCUGGAAGAAGCGCCUACGUGCCUCCUUCCGAGCUGCAGCCAAAUAGAAACUUCAAUUAUAGCGCGGAUCAGCAGCAGCAGCAGCAGCAGCAGCAGCAGCAGCAACAGCAGCAGCAGCAGCAACAGCAGCAAUCUCCAAGAACUGCUUUACCUUAUCACAGCGAAUCCCCACCGAUACGCUUACCACCGGAAUCGCAUCACUAUCGCGGUUCACUGGAAAACACUAUGAGCGGGCAACAAGGAUUCCGUGCUGCAAGCCAGGUCGACAACAGCCAACUCUCUCAGUUUCGGCAGGACAACCCGCAGAAUUACAAACAAUACGUUGAGCCGUCUUCAAGGUCUGCUAACACGAACUUUUCAGGAGAUUCGCAAGCCAGGAACUCACCAGUGUACGGAAUUCGUCCAGGAGAGCCGACAGCGUGUCGCAACUCUCCGUGCUAUUCGCCGAAUCGAGCGAUGCCUCAAAACGAAAGGAACUAUCAUCAUCAGGAGAAUCGAUCGGACUUCCCCGUGAGAAAUUCUCCCGUUUACUCCUCAAAUCGUUCCGCCGAGCACUUGAGAUUAGGCAUGCUGCAGCAGAACGACAGGAGUUACAUGUCGGAUGCGACGGACCCCACGGCUACGAGGAGCUCACCUCUGUACUCUCCGAGCCGCGAUCUCACCAGAUCCAUUAUCGCUAACAACAAUGCAGUAAGAGAAUCUCCGAAAACAAGCCCGACACACGGCCAAAUCUCAUCAGACCUUGUUUCGCAGAAUAUGCUCAACUCACCCAGACACGGACCGCCCCUUUCGUCGAACAAUUCCGUCGGGAGUCCUGUGCGCGGACAGGUGCAGGCCGCCGUGACCAGCGCGUCGACCACAGCCAGCGAGUCUGACGUGAACACCGGCCCCAGGAUCACUAGUCUUCCGCCCGGCGUGACAAGCGGAGUGGCAGGACCCGUGCUUUUAAACGCCGGCGUACCUGUACUGCAGCGAUCCACCGAUCCAGAGGCAGAGGAGAAAAAGUCUGUUAGUCCGCCGAUUAAGCCAGCACCGGGAAAGGGGUUGCUACCCUACAAUGUCAUUUCUAGGCCCUCGGGACCGACGGAAGCAGAGAGAAAAAUAGAGGAGCUGACGAGGCAACUUGAAGAGGAAAUGGAAAAGCAGGAAGAGGAGGGAGAAUACUUCGGUAUUUGCCAUACGUGCGGUGAAAAAGUGACCGGCGCCGGACAGGCUUGUCAAGCGAUGGGCAAUCUCUACCACACCAAUUGCUUCAUAUGCUGUUCCUGCGGAAGGGCGCUCCGCGGCAAAGCCUUCUACAACGUUCACGGGAGGGUUUACUGCGAGGAAGACUAUUUGUAUUCCGGUUUCCAGCAGACGGCCGAGAAAUGCGCGAUUUGCGGUCACCUUAUUAUGGAAAUGAUAUUGCAAGCGAUGGGCAAAUCCUAUCAUCCGGGCUGCUUCAGGUGUUGCGUGUGCAACGAAUGCCUCGACGGUGUUCCUUUCACAGUUGACGUCGACAAUAAAAUCUACUGCGUCAACGAUUACCACAGAAUGUUCGCUCCCAAGUGCGCGUCUUGUGGAAAAGGGAUAACGCCGGUUGAAGGAACCGAGGAGACGGUCAGGGUAGUUUCCAUGGACAAAGACUUUCACGUGGACUGCUACGUUUGCGAGGAUUGCGGUAUGCAAUUGACAGACGAACCGGAUAAACGGUGCUACCCACUCGACGGCAGGCUUAUGUGUCGUGCGUGUCACAUCCAACGCAUAUCGCACACGCAGCCAAGAGCGCCGCAGCCGGUGUCAGCUAGCUAUCAGUUUAUGGGCUAAAUCGCAUCGAUAGUAGUUUUCAAAACUCUGCCGGAAUUUUUCGAACACGUGAAAACAAUGAUCGUAGGAAUAAAUACCAUGGGAAUCGAUUAACUGUGCCGUAUAGAGGAGAGUAUUGACACGCGCAGUGAAAAGAAUGCGUAGUACAAGUCACAUAUUGCGUAGACAAAAAUUAAUAAUUCGAUAACAAAUCUCAGAAUUCUUACAUAAGAUUCUCGCUGUAACAGUUGGUAAUCGCUGUAAUUAUUGGUGUAUGCUAAUACGGUUGUUAUAAGUUGUUAUAUUCAUACUCUCGUAAAACGCAAGAUAUUAAAUUAAUACUGUUACGAUUAAUAAUCGAUAAUUGUUACAGUGCGUAUAACAAAAAUGAUAGCCGAUUAUCUACCGCAAACUAAGUGUGUUUUUACAAACAUUGAAAUAUUGCGAUUUUUGAACCAUUUUGGUCUUUUAAACGAAACGUCAUUUUGAUACAAUCUCAAGACUGGUUACAGUGAUUAUAAGAUUAUAAGAUUUCUAUUUGAAUUUAUUUAUUUUCUUUUUGCCGCAUAAAUUUUACCGGCGUUUUACCGAAAUAAUAAUGAGAACGGGCUAGUUUAAGUAUCGAAGAAGCUGGUAUCAGAUGAAGUUUGAGCGCGAGAGAUGAUGAAAGGAGAAAUAAAAAUAUUCGUGAUUCUUUUAAUUAAAGAAAAACACAAUCAAGAAUUACUGUAUUAUAGUGAAUUCGGUUGGAUGCAGUGAUACACACUGGCACAUUGUAUACAAAUUGCAAAACACAUGCAUACAUGUGUAUAAAUAAACUGGAGCCGCAAAAUGCAGUAUAAUUUACUUUUUAUUGCAUCUCGCGGUACUUUUUAUCUUUUACAAUCGUUUUUAAAUAAAAUUGUUGACCAUUGAAAUAUUUUAUGCUAUGUUUUCAUAAUUAAAUUGAUAAAAAUAUAACACUUAUAAAUGCGUAAAUGCGUUACCUUUUAAUCUGCUAAUGUGACAGACUUUAAUUCUUAUUCAAAUUUGCUAUUAGAAAAUGAAAAUCAUUACACUGCCCUCCGGGAUCAUUUUAACCAGUAAACGUAAUAUAUGACUACGAGUACAAUGAUACUUUUAACCGAAAAAAGCAGAAACCGAUAGUCUAUAAGUAAGUGGUAUAUUUAAUAUAUGCGAUUCUUAUUUAUUUAGCCAAGGUACUCUGUGAAUGCAGUGGUCUCAUUAGGAUGAAUGAGUUGCGCAGGCAACUGUGAUAUAGUAGCAUAAUAGUUAUUCAUUGUUAUAUGAAAACUCCAUACUUUUUAGCGCAUGUAUAUAUUAUCCAUCGCGUUUUUAUCGCAUGUUUUAUCGCAAGUUUAUGGAAACAUGACUCUCGGGAACAUUCCUGCGAAUUUCCUUCGUCAAUCAAGUUUCAUCGUACUUCAUAUAUCAUUCAGUAUUUAUUAAGACAGAUAUGUCGUCUCUCGCUGCGAGGUCUCGCGCAAUAUUAAGGUUGCCGAUAUAUGACACAAUGUAGUAUGAUAUGUAUACUUCGAGGGCUAUAAUGACGUGUUUUAGUAUUUUAGCAUAAAAGACGGAGAAGUAUGUUCGAAGUAUGUUCGAAAAGUGUAUGUUGGCGUGGUAUCAAUAAGCGACAAUAUUAUAGCACUGAAAGACGCACAACUCGAGCUGCCAAAUAAUUGUUGUUACUCUUCAGGAUUAAUAAGCGUAAUUGUUUCUAUAUUACACUUAAAUAGCUUUAAGUUCGCGCGCAUUGUAGAUAAAAAUAUUAUCCUAUUUAAAUCGUAUAAACAAUAUGUAUAAACGACAAUCUUUCAAUAAAGAAAAACUCUGCAGUAA